GAAUCGCUGGCUAGUUGGAGGCUUCGAUUGUCGUGGUUGUGGACACUUUUAGUUCAUUUUGCGGUUUGAGUUGAACAGAACAGCAUCGAAUGUGAUGUGAUAAGAUUUAAAAUUGGAUUCUCAAAGUGCAAGUGCAAAUCACGGUAUCGUUUGAAUUGGUUGAUAUUCAGUUUAUUGAAGUGUGUUUUUCAAAUUACUUAAUUUGCUAUCAGUCUCCCAUAGAUUGUCUGCUAUGCCUACCACAUACAAUCCAAACUAUGAAAAUUCAUUUCCAUGGUGUUCUCCUGACCCGAAGGACGUAUAUGCAGCGGUUUGCAAAUGGUGUAACAAAAAAAUAAAAAUCAACACUAUGGGUAGAGUGGCUUUGUUAAGUCAUGAAAAAAGCAAAGCACAUCAUCAUCAAGUGUUGGUUCGAAAAACUAACCUUCCAAUCAGCCAUUUUUUACCAAAUCAAAUCGUUGGUAAUAACCUGUUGUCGUCAUCUCCGUCACUUUCUUCAAUUUCCACUGCAAUGGCUACCCAAAUCUCAGCUUCAGAUUCUUCCACGAACACUGAUAAUCAACACUCUAAGGCUUCCAACGUCUUGAAUAGAUUCAUGCUAAACGAGCAAGUUACAAGUGCUGAAAUUGUGUGGGCUCUGGAAACUAUUGCCACUCAUAACUCCUAUCGCAGUGCUGGGGCUAACACUAAUUUGUUCAAAACUAUGUUUCCGGACAGCCAAAUUGCCGCCAAGCUCGAGAUGGGACGCACAAAACUUGCGUAUCUAAUAACUUUUGGUCUGGCACCUUAUUUCACAAACGAAAUAUUUAAGCAACUUGAUGUAUGUUCCGAAAUAGUAAUUGGUUUCGAUGAAACAUUGAACAAAGUUUCACAACGCCAACAGAUGGAUGUUAGUGUGAGAUUUUGGAAUGAAAAUAAGGAACAGGUAGAAUGUCGAUACAUUGGAUCAGCGUUUUUAGAUUCUUCUCGUGCAGUUGAUCUCCUUAACGGAUUGAAACAGUGCACAGAAAGAAAGCCUGCUCUACUGAAUAACGUGAUUCAGCUAAGUAUGGACGGACCGAAUGUAAAUUGGCGUUUAAUGAAGGACUUAUGCGAAGAACUUCGAAAUCUGCGUGGGGUACCAUCUUUUGAUUUAUUAAACAUAGGUAGUUGCGGCUUACAUGCUAUUCAUAAUGCUUUUAAAAAUGGUAUGAAGCACACUGAAUGGAACAUUGAUGAGUUUUUGACAUCCCUCUAUUAUUUGUUCAAAGACUUUCCGUUGCGCCGUGCAGAUUAUAAAGAAACUACCGGAUCCAAUUUAUUCCCACUGAAAUUUUGUCCUAUUCGAUGGAUUGAAAAUUUGAAUGUGGCUGAGCGUGCAUCUAAAAUGAUUCCUUAUUUGAAAGUCUAUGUGGCUGCGGUCAAAAACCAACGUGACAAAAAACUCAAGGAAGGUCACCAUUCUUUCAAAAGGAGUUUUGCUGCAGUUGCUCAGUCUAGGCCAUUCGCUGUAAUAGAAAAGACCAUUUCUGAUGAAAUGUUGAGCCCAAAACUUGCCUUUUUUAUUUCCUCAGCUGGAUGUGUGGAACCCUUUUUGCGAGAAUUUCAAUGUGAUGCUCCUAUGGCGCCAUUUUUGUUUGAUGAGUUAACUUCAAUUACCCAUUCUAUAAUGAGUAAGGUUUUAAAAUCGGAAUGCUUAAAUGUAAAAGCUAAAGCGAUUACCAAUAUUGAGCUCAAAGAUAACAACACACUACCGACAUCGCAAGUUGAUAUAGGCUUUGGAGUCAAAGCGGCAAUUAAAACAAUAAUGACAAGUGGAAAAAUAUCUGAAAAGGUGAUCCUUCAGUUUAAGAACGAUUGUAAAGCUUAUUAUAUUGCAUUUUUAACAAAAAUUUGUGACCGUUCUCCACUGUCACACAGUUUUACACGAUAUAUCUCAUGUAUCAAUCCAGAGACCAUCACAAAAUCGCUUGAUAUUGCCUUGAAAAGGUUGGAGUACUGCCUAGAUUACAUGGUCCAAAGAGACCAUUUAGGGGGUAAUGUAGCGGACAAAGUUCGUCAGGAAUUCACAAAUGCGGUAGAAAUUUCUAGCAUAAAGUCAUCUCUAGCUGCCUACAAGCGACAUGAAUGUCGACUAGAUAAUUUUUGGUUUAAAGUUCUUGCGGAUUCGAGAAAAGAAUUCUCAAACUUAAGAAUUUUUUUAAAAAAAAUUUUAAUUCUAUCACAUGGCAAUGCAACACUAGAGCGAGGAUUUUCUAUAAACAAAGAGUGUCUGAUAGUUAAUUUAAUCGACGAAAGCUUAGUGGCGCAGCGAAUAGUAUACGACGCUAUUUUGAACGCCGGUGGUGUUUUAGGGGUAGACAUAAAUAAAUCACUCAUCCAGUACGCCCGAAACGCGCAUGGACGAUACGUCGAGAGCCUGGAGCAAAAGAAGAAGGAAAGGGCACAAAAGGACGAUGCCAGUGCUAGAAAAAAGACAACGAAUCAAGCACUUAAGGAAUUAGAAUUAGUUAAAUCCAAAAUUCUCGCAGAUGCUCAGAAAGAAGUAGCCUUGAUCGAAGAGAAAAUGAGUAAUUUGAAUAAAUAAGCUGUUUCAGCAAUCUUAUAAAAAACGUUUAU